CUUAGUAUAUCAGAAAAUGCGCACACUUCCUCUGUUGUUGGAAUUGUACAUUGUUGCCUGUCUCGCGGAUGCUGCAACUGAAUAUCUUCAUAAUGCAGACUUUGAGAGUACAAGUUUUAGCGGGAACUGGUUUUGUGCGGAUUGUACCAUGACGUCCUACACAGCAGACGUUUACCAUGGAAGUAGAUCAAUCAAGGUAACAAACAGACACCAUUACUGGUCAGCUCCCCAGGCAAACGUUCAUGUUCCUCCGGGACACAACUAUGUUGCUAGGAUGUAUUUCAAGUUGCUUAAUUUGCCGAGCAAUGUGAAUACUAUAGAAGUCAUCCUCAUGGCUGCUGUAAAUACUCACGGGAGAACCCACAGAAUAAAAACUGCCGUGCUUCCCCAUCAAGAACUGAGGUUCGGUUGGACAGAGAUUAGCGGUGAUUUCUUUGUACCAGCAGGUUCCACCAGUGUGAAGUUAUUCCUACAAGUAACUGUGCCUUCUGUCAACUACUUACUGGAUGACUGCAGUUUACAACAGCUCCCUCACAAUCCACACUGGCAUUCUGAUGCUGUCAGUAGAAUAGACAACACCAGGAAGGCGUCUGUGUCGCUCAGGAUGGCACAUGGAACACACGCUGAUGGUAUAUCAAUACAGCUUGCUCAAAAGAGACACGCCUUUCCGUUUGGUACAGCAGUAAGAGCAUCUUUUCUUGUUGAUGACACACACCAGGCCUAUCAGAACUUCGUCUUCAACAAUUUUAACUGGGUUGUUCUGGAAAAUGCUCUAAAGUGGAGACUUCUUGAGUGGACAGAGGGACAUCCCAAAUUUGAUACAGCUGUAAGAGCCAUAUCGACACUACGAUCACAUGGAUUGCAUGUAAGGGGACAUAAUGUAUUUUGGGCAGUAGAUGGACAUUCACCAAAGUGGUUAGACGGGAAAUCUCAUUCAGAUUACAUCAAUGAAAUGAAGAGGCACGUCAAUGAUAUUGUGUCACAUACCAACGGAACUUUAGAUCACUGGGAUGUUUAUAACGAGGCAUUACAUGGACGCUAUUUUGAGGAACACACUGGGGACCCUGAUAUCAUCCAGAAGAUGUUCAACUGGCUUCAUGUCGCUCAGCCCCAAUCAAAACUGUUCCUUAAUGACUACAAUAUUGUGAAUUCAAAUCUUUUUACUACAGCUCUGAAAAACCAGGGAAUGCAGCUAAUUAAAGACAGAGUCCCGCUGUAUGGAAUUGGUAUUCAGAGUCAUUUCAAGACUUCUCAUAUAGACCUUGAUGUCAUUAAGUAUAGACUUGAUAAAGUAGCAGAAGCUGGACUUAAAAUCUGGAUCACAGAGCUGACGAUUCUAGAAUCAGACAGCGCCAAAAAAGCUGCAGCUUUGGAGGACAUUUUAACUCUGUAUUUUAGUCACCCUGCGGUAGAGGGGGUUCUGUUAUGGGGGUUCUGGGACGGAGCAAUAUAUGAUCCCAAUGUGUCACUGUUUACAGGAUCUUCUAUUACGGCAAAUGCUGCUGGACAAAAAUACUUAGAUUUGGUGAAGAAGACAUGGUGGACAGAUUACACCCAUAUGAUUACUUCCGGUCAAGUGUUACAUACCAGUGUGUUUAAAGGAGAUUACCAACUUCUAGUUAAGCACAAUGGAAAUACAAUUCAUCGAGAAAACCUGGCAAUUGAUUCUGCAGGAAAGGAUAUUACAGUCCAUGUAACAGAUUACCAUCAAGUGACACAGAUUGCAUUUGGAUAAAGAAAUAUCAAAGGGAC